AUGCCUGCAGGCGCGUCCGACAAGCCGCGUCGAUCCCGCAUUACUGCAGCUUGCGCUGUAUGUCGUGCAAAGCGACAGAAAUGCUCGGGUGUGAAGCCGCGAUGCGACCAGUGCCGAAUGCACAAUGAGGAAUGCUGGUGGAGUGACCAGAAGAAACGUGGACCCGCCAAAGACUACCUCAGAUCAUUGCAGGAUCGUCUCCAGGAGAAUGAGAAGCUGCUGCUGAGUCUUCUCGAAGAAGUGUCGGACAGCACUGUUGCGAACGCGCUCCACCGCGACCUAGGCAGCACAAGCACCGCUCCAAGCCAUCAAACAUGGACCGGCAGCUUGUCAGGACAGGAGUACUGGACGCGAUACCCGCUGAACAGGCUGGAAAGUAUCAGAGACUGGCAAAGGCAACGUACCGCGACCGCAUUGAGGCCUGCGUCAGAGAUACCAGCGCCUCCCGUCAUGACCACCCGCCACGAGCGCGACAGUCACUUCCAGGAGCCAACGCCGCCUCAACCGACAAUGGUUACAACUCAGCCUAUACCUGACACGAUCUCACGCGACAAUGGAUUGAUCUCACCGUAUCCAAAUGGACACCAGCAGGCGUACCAAAGUACGAACCAGAGUCCGAGCACAGAUUGGCAGUCACCUCAGGAACCCAAAACCAGUCUUCACGAGAGACGGUACAGCGAAGAGACCCGUGGUGUUGCAGAAGCACUGUUCUCCAUAUCUCAUCAAGGUAACCAGGCCCGGAUGCAGGCACAACCGCAGCAACAGCAGGAGCAACAGCAACCAAUGCUGGAUUCAGGCGAUAGUCGGACAGCAUCUGCACCAGUAUUGGAGAAGCUUCCCUCUCAAUUUCCAACGCAUCUAUUCUGGUGA